AUGAAUCUCAUCACAAACAGUUGGAAAGUUUUCACCUGGCUAGGACUUUUCAGACCGAUUAAAUGGAAAGGAUUGAAAGCGCGAAUUUACGAUUUAUGUACACUUAUUGUUUUAUUUUUUAACUAUUCAUUUUUUGUAUGCGGCAUUAUGGAAAUCAAUUAUGCUCAUUUUAACUUUCUUGGCGAUAUUGAUCUUAUCACACUAAUACUGCAAUACAUUGAAAAUACACCAAAGAUUGUUUGUAUGCUACUGAACCGUAGUGAUCUAAUAGAAAUAGAAUACAAACUUUCAAAUGAUCAUUUUGAGCUAAAAGACGAUGAUGAAAAAAAAAUUCAAACGAAAUACGACAAAUUCAGCAGGUUUGUUCUCCUAUGUUACGCGGCGCUACAAACAGCAUCUCUUGUAUAUUACACAACAGGACGUAUCCUUGCCAUGGAGUCACCAAUCAUCCUACCUUAUAGAGGGAGAAUACCAUACAAUUAUUCCAGCAGUCAUAAUAUUUAUAUGUUGACUGCUCUCGAUCAACUUUUCUCUGUGUCCAGUCUCAUUUGUAUAAACGGCGCAUUCAAUUUAGUCUUCACUUCAACGAUGUAUCAAAUUUGUACUAAAAUUCAGAUACUCAAACAUCGUUUCAAAAUUAUCAUGGAGCAAUUGGCCGAUAAUGUUCAAACGGAUGACCCUGUUGAAGAUAUUGCGAAAAAGACAAUGGUGAUGACUGAAAAAUAUCAAGAUCAACUUAUCGCUAACUGGGUGGAAAGUCAUAAUGCACUUUUAAACUUGUAUGAUUUUACGAAAUCUGUUUUUGCAAAAGCUGUUUUCAUUCAUUAUGUCAUCAAUUCGAUUGUAAUGUGUACGCUUGCGUAUAUCCUAAGUCACUGUGAAAUAGACAACAUUUUUAUUGGUAACGUGUUUUAUUUUUCUGUUAAAUGUACGCAACAAUAUUUGCAAUGUUCUUCUGCUCAUCAAAUUACUUUGGAGUUUGAAGAUCUUCGUGAUAUGAUUUUUAGCACCAACUGGUUUGCUGCAAGAAUAACUAUUCAAAAGUCAAUUAUUAUAAUAAUGUCGAAGUCAAUAAUACCAGUUGAGUUUGUUAGUGGAUACUUCGUAACUUUAUCGCUAGAUUCGUUCAAAAGAAUCCUCAAAUUGUCGUACACUAUUUAUAAUGUACUUGAAGGGUAA